AAAUCAAUAAAAAUUUAAAAAUUCAAAAUUAUAAAAUGCAUAUAAUAAUUUUCUUGAUAUCGUUAUUAAUACUGUGUAGUAUUAAUUUAACAAAUUGUCAAUAUCCAGGCUUUCCAACAUCACCACCAUUUUUAACUUCGACAACAGGAUUUCCUGAGCCAUCACUGACACCUUUACCCUCACCGACUUCAUUAUUACAACCAACUUUUUCAAAUAAUCCGUUCCUAACACCCGAAGAACCUACUUUUGGUUCAUCAGAUUCACCAAUUCAACCUUCUAUUGUAACUGUUUUAUCCACUACUACUACGUAUGUUGGCCCUGCUGUUACUACUCUACCUCCUACUGCUACUGUUGUAACUUAUGUUACUGUAGUUGAUAAAACAUCUUCUUGCAACAAACCAUUAUUGAAUUUAUGGAAUAUUGGAAUUUUUAACAUAAUAUCGACUAUAGCUCUUUGGUUUACCGUGAUCAUUGUUUAUAUUGUUAAGUAAUAUAUAUAC